AUGAUUGAAAAAUUAUUAGGAAACAUCUACAUUCAAUCAUUUUUUAUAGGAUUAAUUUUAGCAGCAGUUUUUUUUAAAUUAUCGAGGCGAACUAAACUAAAUGAACCACCUCUUGCUUAUUAUCGAUUUCCAAUUAUUGGACAUACCUGGAGUUUUUUAACGGAUUGCGAAAAGUUAAUUUUAGAAUCUCGAAAAAAGUAUGGGGAAACAUUUUCGUUAUAUGUAUUCGGUCAAGUAAUAACAAUAGUCGGAAAGGAAACAACUCAAGAAGUAUUAAGAAAGGAUCAAGUAUUUGGUUUUCACGAAGCUUUUAAAUUGCAAGUGCCUUUACAUCUUAUGUUCAGAAACAUGAGUCUCGAUAAAAAUAAUAAUUUAGUAAGAGACUAUUGUACAGGAGAAUUAAAAAACCUUCUAAGUAGGUUACAAAAAAAUGUUAUUAAGGCUAUAGAACUUUAUAUCGGUGAAUGUGUUGAACCGAAGGUUAUUCUUAACCCACAUAAAACUGUAGCAGAUAUUGUUGCAGUUCCAAUUGCUAACAUUAUUUUGGGUGAAGAAUGUUACAUGCAUGAGGAUGUAUUAGAAGCUAUUAAAAGCAUAACAUUUUCAAUUAUACAAUUUAUGUUGUUACCACCAAUUUUAUCUUUUAUACAUCCCUGGAUUCAUCGACAAUUUAUCUCAAUUCUUAUAAGAUUUGGCUGGAAUCCGACUUUAAAACACAGACAAAUAAUCAUUAAUCGUAUUAAGCCGGUUGUUGAAAAACGUCUCUAUGAUAAAAAGAGAUUAGGUGAUGCUUGGAUUGCUCCGUUAGAUGGACUACAAUACUAUUUAGAUGAUCCUGAAAUAACUCCUGAUCUCGAUCCAAAUAAUAUAAAUUAUAAUUAUAUUGCCGAAGCGAUUUGUGGUUUUGCUUUUGCUGCUACGUUAACUACGUCUGAUGGUGCUGCUCAUGCUUUAUAUGAAAGAAAACAACAAUAUUGGCAAGAAUUAUAUCAGGAGGCUCAGGAAAUUAAUAAACAGCAUAAUGGAAUUGAGCUUACAUCUAAUGAUAUUGCCAGAAUGGUGAAGUUGGAUAGUUUUGUUAAAGAAUCUUUAAGAUUUUCUGGUGGUUUAGUUGGUUUGCAGCACAUAUGCCUUUCUAAACCCUAUUAUACAUUUGCGAAUGGAUAUCAAAUUCCUAGUGGUCGCUUAGUUAAUGUAAGUUUAAGUGACACAAAUAAUGACGAAGAGCUUCAAGGUCAAAAUCCCACAGAAUUCUAUGGAUAUCGUCAUCUGAAUCGUAAUUCUCCCGCGACAAAAAUCGAGCGUAAUUUUUUGACAUUUGGAGGCGGAAAACAUGCGUGUCCGGGAAGAGCUUUAGCAGUUAAUGAGAUUAAAGUGUUUUUACAUAAAGUUAUGUUAAAAUAUGACAUUAGAGCAGGUACUGGAGAUAUUAAAAGAAGAUAUUUUGGACCUGUAUCUGGGCCAAGAAAAGCUAGUAUUGUGUUUGAGAAUAGAAAGGAAAUUUUAAAUUGA